UCAAGAGCCUCACCCCCACGUCGAGAGGAUAAAACUUGAUAAACAUAAAAAAAUUAUAACGAGCGAUGUCAUUCUUCUCCCUCAACAUUCUCUCAUUCAGAGUCUUGGGGCUCUGGUUCCCCGAAGAGUCUUCAACUUGGAAAUUAAUUUUAUACAGAAUCUACAAUGCGUUCGCUGUUACAGCCAUGUGUACCUUCGUUUUAUCCCAAUUUUUUGCAUUGCUCUCUUGCUUUCAUGACACGAAAGAACUGACUAACGCCUCUUUCAUGCUCGUUACGAUGAUCGCUGUUGCUGGAAAAAUGUUCAACAUGACUAUUUAUCAAUACGAAAUCAGGAGAAUGGUCGAGCUAUUCGAUCUCGAGCCAUUCAAGUCUCUAGAUGACAACGAGGUGAUGAUUAAAUCGAAAUUUCAUCGUUCUGUCAAGCGCUUCAUUUCCGUGUAUGGAACACUAGGAACAGCUACUUGCACAGUGAUAACACUAUUUUCCCUAAUUCGGGACAUGCCUCGUCGACAAUUACUCUUCAAAGCACGAUAUCCUUUCGACGACACAGAAUCAAUUGGCUACUGGAUUUCCUACAUUCAUCAGCUCUACAGUCAUUACAUGGGGGCUGUCGUCAACAUGACUUUCGAUACAUUUGUCUCAGCUCUCAUGCUGGCCACUUCAGCUCAGCUCGAAGUACUCAAGUACCGAUUCGUAAUGAUGCCAAAUCUGAUGGAGAACGAACGCUCUGGGUCCGGCACCAAGGGAAAUCCUGAAGAAAUUGAGAGAAUGGAGACCAAGUACUUGGGAAAUCACACCAAUCAUCACCUCGCUAUUUACGAAUUCUCAAGAGCUACGAAUGAUACAUUCACCGGUUCAAUUUUUCUUCAAUAUUGUGCGAGUUCUCUCGUUCUCUGCGUCAGUGUUUUUACGUUGACGCACCUGAAGCCCUUGAGUAAAGAAUUCAAUUCUCUGCUGAUGUACGUCGGCUGCAUGCUGGUGCAGAUAUUCAUAUUUUGUGAUGCUGCCAAUGACGUAACGAUCAGGAGCGAAACCAUGGGGGAUGGAAUUUAUAAAAUGGACUGGACAUCAUUAUCAGUAAAGAGUCAGAAGAGUCUAGUCCUCAUCAUGGCGCGUACCUUGAGGCCCAUAAGAUACACCAGUGGACAUGUUGUUAGUCUCUCUUUAGUUUCUUUCAGCAGUCUACUCAAGCUUUCCUACUCCGUCUACAAUAUUCUCAACCAGUCGUCGGAUUAAAAUAAAAUUCAUUGGGUAUACGAACUAUAAAUUCAGGAGAAACCUCAGCAGCUCCACAGCUUGUUAAUUGGUAGUUUGAAUUCAACCGGAUAAUAUCUGUUUUUAGAAAUAAA